AUGGACUCAAAACGGCUUCCAUCUUGCUUUUCAAGCACACUUGCGAAAAAUUCUCCAAAAACCCCGUCAGCGAAGGCGGUGAAGAUAGGAGCUGUUGCCUGUGGCCUGUACUAUCUACCGAUGAACUGUAGAAAUCCUAGAAAUUCAUAGCAUCGUUUUCCGAUAGAUAUACAAUCGGUGAAGCGUGAUCACGAAUUCCUGGACAACGAUUCGUUGAGGGCCCUGUUCCGCCGACUUUAUGCACUCAAUCGUUGUGCUAUUAUGAAAGUUGAAAAUGUGGUACUUAGGAAUCAUCCAAAACGAUUUGAUAUCAAUCCAGUAGAAACGGAUAUUGAUGAUGAUAUGACGGUCAGCAAUUACGAUGAUGACGAUGACCAAGUGGCAAUUUCAAAGAAGUGGAAGUAUCAGCGUAACUCUCAGACAUGGUCCAGAAUUGUGUAUGAUGAUUACGCCACAAAUGCAUUAGCUAAUAAUAACCUCUGGUCGACGCCUCGCCAAGAAACAUCAAACUUUGGAUACGAUCAGAAAAAGCAGUCAGUUGGACACGAAGCAUACAAUAUUCGAAAUUUGCACAAUGCUGCAGCUGAAAAUAAUCGAAAUCGAUGCACGACGGCUCCAACUUCGGCUGCAGUGGCAGCAGCAGCAGCAACAGCGGCAGCGGCAGCAGCAAAUUUGCAACGAUCCCAAAGCGAACGGUUGAAAGAACGCGCUCGAGCAUUUAUGAAACGCAUGGAUAUCCGGUCCUCGAGCCGGUUAAUGGACCGAAACGUCGUAAAUCAGUGA